AUGGAAAAGAAUUUGCUCAUAUUCGAUAACCUUCUUAAAUCUCCACAUUCUGAAGAAGUAAAAAAAAAAUUUAUUAUAAUUUAUUUGGAAUCAAUAAGUAAAUUACAUUACUCAAAACCAGAUUGGGAACAGCUUUGCGAGUAUGCAUACGGAAUCAUCAAGCAUACUUCUCGCGUUCACGCUUUUGGUGAGCUUAUUCUAUCUCGAAUCGCACGUCUUCAGAAAGCAAUAUAUAUGCUUUAUUUCAAUUCGAGCUGGAUAACGCAAACCCUUAGCAACAACAAUAUUCCAAAUAAUUUAUACCAACAACUAAGAGCAUUAGUUAAAAUAAUUAAAUACAAACAAGAAAUUUCAAGUGAUUCCGACGACCAUGCUAAUGUUGAAAUUGACUGUCGGAUAUUACAGUCUUAUUCUAUUAAAUAUUUUGAGGUUGUCAAAAGUAGGGUUGACUGGAUGCAAUUGUUUGUAUCUAUGUUCACUGAGCUUCCACAAUCAAUUCCCGAAGAUCAUGUUAGAUUAAUUGAGGUGCUUUUAUAUUCUUUGGCCAUUCCGGAAAGCGAUUCUUUAGAAUCGUAUGAUGAAUUUGUGAAGCAGACGGUAAAAUUAAUUGAAUCUUUAUGGAAGAAGAGCCCGGAAAUCAUAGGCGUAACUAUCCGUGAAAUUUUUAUACGGCUUUCAAGUAAUCAAACCUGUUCCAAAUCUAUAGUACUUUUGAUUAGUAGGAUACCUAAAUCAUGUACAUCAGUUAUCCAAUACUAUGUUCAGAAGAUUCCCGCAGAAGAUGCUAAGAAAUUUGAACUAUGUGUUGAAAGAAUGAUUUCGAUGAUACCUCAUCCAUUUGCUAACAACAUUAGCUGUUGGAUCAUAGAAUUGGUCAAAGCUUUGGAAAAAUUAAAGGAUAAGUCUAUAUUGAUACGGAUCACUCUUGCAAAUGCGUCUCGAUACCGCCAUGCGCGUAGCGAUGCUUUAAUGGUCGUUAAAUGUUUGCUACUUGGAUAUCAAGUUGCACCUGAUGUCUUCGAUUCAAUUAUUCCAACUAUUCCCAAAGUUUUAGAUACGAUCGAUAAAGAGAGAGAUCAAGUUGGUACUUUACUUGAACUUUCGAGAAUAAUUCAAUGUCUCAUGUUGCGAUUUUCAGGGGGAAGCGAUAAAUAUUUGCAACUUUAUAAUACUUUGGAAUCGCAUGACUUGCCGGUAUUGAAACGUGAGGAUAUUUCGAAUAUACUUCAAAAGCAUGCAUGGUUUAAAGUACCAAACAUUGCGGAUAGCCGUAAGGAAUUUGUGGUGAAACCUUCUGUGAAACCUUCUGUGAAACCUCCUGUGAAAACUCCUGUUUAUUCCCCGAAAAUCUUUAAAAAGAAAGGAUUACAAAACUUAGGAAAUACUUGUUUUAUGAAUAGUGUACUUCAGACGCUUCCAAGUUGGUUAAAUAAUGGUCGACAACAGGAUUGUCAUGAAUUUUUGAAGCAAAUUGAAGAAGAAUCGAAAAAAACUUCAAAUAAACAACUUAGGCUAGAAUCGGAAGAGGAAGGAAUUUCAACCGUACUUGAGGAUAUGACAGAUGUUCCAAUAAGUCCCUUUGGUGGAAAAAUGGAAAAUAUUAUUAUGUGUAUGGAAUGUGGGAAAAAAUCUAAAACAAAGGAAGGAUUUCAUGAUCUUUCACUUUCAUUGAAAGUCGAUACAUCAGACAAUCUUUCAUUUUCUGAUUUAUUAUCGGGAUUUCUUUCUGAUGAAGAUCUGAAAGGAGAUAAUCAAUAUUUUUGUGAAAGAUGUGGAGGACUACGUGAUGCGAAAAAGUUGACGCGAAUAAUUACGCCACCGCGUUAUUUAAUAUUAUCGCUUAAUCGAUUCGAGUAUGAUGUGAAAUAUGCUAGAAGGAUCAAAAUCAUGACACAUGUUUCAAUACAAGAAUCAUUAUCAGUACCGCAAGUUCAUGAAAAUGAUGAAUCACCCACUGAAUCAAAUCAUAAUCAAAAUGGAAUAGUUAACGGAAUGAUUAACGGAAUGAUGAAUGGAGAGAAACGAAUAAAGACAAAAGGAGAGGAUGAUAAAAUAUAUGAUCUAUCAGCAAUUGUAAUACACUCUGGUUCAUCUGCUGAAUAUGGUCAUUAUUAUACGUACGCAAAGGAUGAAGAUGGUCAAUGGUAUAAUUAUAACGAUAGUUAUGUUUCUACCUCUUCAUUAUCAAGAAUUAUUUCCGAAGGAGAAGAUUUCAAAUCGGACACUCCUUAUCUCUUAUUUUUCCAACAGAAAAAUAUAAUUACUUACCAAUUACCUGAACUUUCGCAAUCUCUUAUGAAAGAAGUUGAGAAAGAAGAUAAAAGUAGUUAUAACAGAGAUUCUUUUGGGAGUAAUGAUUUUUCAAUGGAUAAUAAAAAGGAUGAUAAAGACGAAAAAGAAGAAAUUAAUCCACUUAGUGGAGGAUAUGAUUUAUUUGAUUAUGAUAAAUCGGUAAUAUAA